GGUGAGCAGAGUAGAAUAGUUCAUGUACUACUAGUUAGUGAUUCUGACCAUAAUUUGGCCUGCCAACCGUUCAGCCUUCAAAGUUCAAACCUAACGCCCACUUCAACAAGAUUUGGUUGCAGGUUCUUGAAUUGCAAAACCUGUAAAAACCCAUCAACAAAAUCCACCAUUUUUCAAUCUGAAUCGCUGAAACCCAUAGAAAUGGCGCACGCUAGCAGUAUGUCGCACAAACUCCACUCACCCAAAAUCCCAACCCCUAAUGCUAAAUCUUCUGCUUCAACUUCGUCUUCCUUUUUUUUGGGCUCCAACAAUCUGAAGAACCCAUCGAAAAAUUCGUGGGUUUUGAAUAAAAGUUCGAUCUUUACAGUUAGAAAGACGAGUCAAUUUAAGGUUUUGGCGUCCGUUGCCACGGCGGAGAAGCCCUCGACGGUGCCGGAGAUUGUGCUGCAACCCAUCAAAGAAAUCUCCGGUACUGUUAAGUUGCCGGGCUCGAAAUCACUUUCCAACCGUAUUUUGCUUCUUGCUGCUCUCUCUGAGGGGACGACUGUUGUGGACAACUUACUGAGCAGUGAUGAUAUUCAUUAUAUGCUUGGUGCCUUGAAAACACUUGGACUGCAUGUGGAAGAAGACAAAGCUAAACAACGGGCAGUAGUGGGAGGCUCUGGUGGUUUAUUUCCAGUAUCGAAAGAAGCCAAGGAUGAAAUUCAACUUUUCUUGGGAAAUGCAGGAACAGCAAUGCGCCCAUUAACUGCCGCAGUUGUUGCUGCUGGUGGAAAUGCAAGCUAUGUACUUGAUGGGGUUCCUCGCAUGAGAGAGAGACCCAUUGGCGAUUUAGUCAGUGGACUUAAGCAGCUUGGUGCAGAUGUUGACUGUUUCCUGGGCACAAAUUGUCCCCCCGUUCGCAUUGUUGGAAAGGGAGGUCUUCCUGGGGGAAAGGUGAAGCUCUCUGGAUCUGUUAGCAGCCAAUACUUGACUGCUCUCCUCAUGGCCGCUCCCCUGGCUCUAGGAGAUGUUGAAAUUGAAAUCAUUGACAAACUAAUUUCUGUUCCUUAUGUGGAGAUGACACUUAAGUUGAUGGAACGCUUUGGUGUCUCUGUAGAGCACAGUGACAGCUGGGACAGAUUCUUGGUCCGAGGAGGUCAAAAGUACAAGUCUCCUGGAAAUGCUUAUGUGGAAGGUGAUGCCUCAAGUGCCAGUUACUUUUUGGCUGGUGCGGCUGUUACUGGUGGAACCAUCACUGUUGAAGGUUGUGGGACAAGCAGUUUACAGGGUGAUGUCAAAUUUGCCGAGGUUCUCGAGAAAAUGGGUGCUGAAGUUACCUGGACUGAGAAUAGUGUCACUGUUAAAGGACCUCCUCGUGGUACUUCUGGACGGAAGCAUUUGCGUGCAAUUGAUAUCAACAUGAACAAAAUGCCAGAUGUUGCCAUGACUCUUGCUGUGGUCGCGCUUUUUGCUGAUGGACCCACUGCCAUAAGAGAUGUUGCUAGCUGGAGGGUUAAAGAAACUGAGCGGAUGAUCGCGAUAUGCACAGAACUGAGAAAGUUGGGAGCGACAGUAGAAGAAGGCCCAGAUUACUGUGUAAUCACUCCACCAGAGAAAUUAAACGUCACAGCCAUCGACACAUAUGACGACCAUCGUAUGGCCAUGGCCUUUUCUCUUGCUGCCUGCGCAGACGUUCCGGUGACAAUCAGAGACCCUGGUUGCACCCGUAAAACCUUCCCUAAUUAUUUCGACGUUCUUGCUACAUUCUCAAAGCACUGAACACCUUGGGGUACGUCUAAACCAGAAUCAAGAAUUGCGCUACGAGAUGAGAAGGAUGCCUGCAGCCAUAAAUUUUGCCUUCCAAUGAUCACAAAUAUUUGUCUGUAACAUUAAAACUCUAUUUAAAGUGAGAAUGAUUCUAUGUUGUAGAGAUUGUUAAUAGAUUGAGUUCUGUACUGCGCUGCUGUGGCCGUUUCUGAAAUAAAUGUUGUCCCCUCUUCUGUUUUUACAGAUUCAGCCAAGUC